AUGGGCAUCAGCAUCAUCCGCUCCCUGGCCGCAGUCCUCCUGCUAGCCGGCGCCCAAGCCGCCCCAGCAGACGCCGCGCCCUCGCUGGUCGAGCGCGCCGUCUCCUUCCGCGACGACUUCAAUACCUUCAACACCGCCAACUGGCGCUGCGAGUACACCUGCCCCGUCAUCGAAACCGGCAAGGCCCGGUUCCGUCUCAAGUCUGGCGUGCUUCCCAACCGCGAGGGAAGCUGGUCCAAGGCUCGAUACACGGGCAAGCGCUUCACCUCUGGAAAGUUCACUGUCUCUUUCUCCCUCACGGAGCGUCCUAAGGAACCUGUUUGGUGGGGCGUUGCUCUCUGGGAUGAUGGUGUUGACGGCAAGUUCAAUGAGAUCAACUUUGGCUACACGACCAACGGCCAGACAUACUCCGAUACUCAACUGCGCUUCGAGAGCGCCAAGGAGGGUGUUGACGACUUCCGCAAGAUCGACACAGGCGUAGACCUGUACGACGGAGAGUACCACACCGCCACCCUCGAGUACGACGCCAACCACGUUGCGUUCUACUUUGACGGCAAGAAGGUUGGAGAGAUUACCGACAAGAAGUUUGUUCCUACUGCUCCUAUGGAUUUCCUGCUUGGUCCUCGUCUUGUUGAGGGUGCUGGUUUGGCCAAGGGAUUUACUGAGUCUAUUGACUGGGUUGAGAUUGAGGGUUAA